AUGGAACCCUCCGACGCCCGAGAGGACACAACACAGCACGCCGAUCCAGAAACACCCGCUUGCCAGUCAUGUCGAAGCCGAAAGCUGCGCUGCUCAAGGGAGCUCCCAUCUUGCAAUCGCUGCACACGUCUUGGAAUCGACUGCCACUAUGACUACACUCGGAACAAACCAGGGGUGAAGGUUGGCAUAAUCCAGACCCUAACUCAGCGGGUAGCAAGGGACCCUGUCGUGACCGCAGCAGAUUGCCAGCCAUCCCAUAAGAGAAGAUGUCCGGAGCCCGAAGGUCGAGAAUGCAGCGCCUCGUCAGCUCAGCUCCCUCCAGAUGAUCUUAUCAACGCCAUCAUUGACGCUUACUUCUCCGUGGUUCAUCCAUUCCUUCCAAUUAUUCAUGAACUGCUCUUCCGAUCUCGCCUACGGGAUCCAACUGAGAGGCCUAAGCUUAUCAUUGUGCUCCAUGCUAUGAUGGUCUGCGCCUUACGGUAUGUCGCACAUGAGCGGCUCGCGGGAGAAUGGCUAGGACUACACCCGGACGCUCUGCAGAGGUCUCGGGAUUUUGUCCUUUUAGCGGGGAUGGAUGAUCUUUCUGUAGAGAACGUCCAAGCUCUGAUCAUGGUGGCCUUCGUACAUGUUGGUGAUGGGAACGCCAACAAGGCAUGGCCGAUAAUAGGAACCCUCACUCGAGCUGUCGUCUACUUGGGCCUACACAAGGAACCGGAAGAAGAUUACCCGGGGGAACUCUGCCUCAAGCCGUUGGGUUGUCUGCCACAAGCCCGGGUGUGGACCGAAGUGGAAGAACGGCGACGCGUAUUUUGGAACGUUUUCCUCCUUGAUAGCUGCUCUCAGAUUCUGCUCAACCAUCACAGGAUUAGCUGGAACAUAAACCUGUCAAGCGAGGAUAUCCAAGUUCGACUACCUAGCGAUGGCUUAUACUGGGCUAAAGAAGAGCCAGUGACUACCCCGUUCUUUAAUAUUUGGGAUGCUUCUAUGGCUAAGAUAGGAAAGUCUGUUUCUUUUCUUCCUAGCCAUUUCUCCUCUCUCGCAGACCGAGAUAAAGAAGCUGCUGUUACAGCCCCGACAUCCGAACGUGUCUCCCCUGUUGCCCAGGCGCCCAAAAAUCCCACAGUGGAUGUUUCCACUAUAGGCUCAUUUGCAUACUGCAUUGAAGCCACCGAGUCCCUCAAUCGCGUCGUCAAAUUCUUCCUUCAACGACCUGUCAACUUUGAAAGUAGGCAGCAAUUCAGUGCUUGGCUAACGCGAUUCAAGGAGUUGGAUCUCCAGCUUAUUCACUGGAAGAUGUUUCUCCCCCGGAGAUGGAAAGACUCUAAUAUAUCCAAGGAGCCCGCGUUUGUGCAUAUGGACCCAAAUCUUACCCUUGCACAUAUCACUCAUAAUACCUCCAUGAUCCUCUUACAUCAAAGCAUCGCAUAUCCACAUGUCACGAUCCUGGAUAAAUUGAGAUCAGCAAGCUCUGGAAGUGCUGAAACCUGCCAACUCGCCGCAUCAGAGACUGCCAACAUUGUCCGAAAGUAUUUACAAUAUACACCAUUUGUCGGCUUAGUUAACGCACAGUUUGCUUUCUGUGCAUUCAUUAGCGCCCGUGUCAUGAUCGUACAUUCACACAUCCAUCGUGCCCCCAUCCCCGACUCUUAUAAAAUCCUCUUAUCCAGCCUCCAGCAAAUGUCGGAUCGUUGGAUCUCGAUGAACCCCGGGUUGAAAUUAAACGCUGGGUCAACAAAUUUUUCUGAAGGUCUUCUUUCACAGCUUCAGAAUCUCCAAGAAAAAUGUAGAUUUCCAUCUUUUAAUGUAGCCGCGUCAGGCUAUGUUGCAGAGGUGAAUUUUGCUCUUGGAAUCCAAGCGCCGGUCUCCAGUCCCGGCGAGAGCCAGUGGAUUGAGGAGCGUCGCGCCCAACAACGACAUAGCAUAAUACCAGUGACCGAGAAACAGUCUCAUUAUAUCAGUACCAGUCGACUGAGACGUGAAUCCAACCAGCCAAGUCCCACCAGUCAUACGUAA